UCAUCCAGUCCACUACCCAUCAUGUCUCCUCAUAACAACCACCAGAAGCACCACACUCCCCGAAUGCACCGUGUCGGAAAAUGGAUGCCCUCCACCCUGGACGAGCACCACGAAUGGGUAGGCGGCGUGAUAGCCCACGUCGAUCGCAACAAGCCUGAGAAGCUGCACCCCGUCUUGCAAGAGUUUCAAGACCUCAUUGAAUCCAACUCGAGGGUCUACCUGCUCAUGGCUGCCAUGUUUGGUGAGAUUCCGCGCAACCGAACCUACUCGACCGAUCCGACUGGCUGCCCCCAGCUACGCGACUACAAGCACAUGUUGGAAGUCCUCAACCACCUGAUCACCACCGCCCCCUCCUGGAACGACUUCUCUCACCGCGUGGGACUUGUUGGGCUGCCCAUUAACGCCGUUCUCGACUGGCCUAUGGGCACCCCUUCGGGAUACGCCGCCUUCCUGGACCCCGAUGUCAACCGAAUGCUUAAGAAAGUCCUCAACGCCUGGGGUGAGUUUUUAAAAUCCCCAGAGUCAGCAUCUGUCCUCGAUGAGUCCGCAAACGGCUGGUUCGGCGAGACGGGCAAGUCCGACUUGGUCGAGGUGGCCAACUUGGGCGGCAAAACCAACCACACCUUUGAGGAGAUGUUCAUCUGUGACCCCUCCGCUCCCCACCAUGGCUAUAAGUCCUGGGACGAUUUCUUCACCCGCUUGUUUCGUGAAGGAAUCCGACCCGUUGCCAGCCCCGAUGACGACAAGGUGAUUGCCAACGCCUGUGAGUCCAAGCCCUACAAGGUCGCCUAUAACGUCAAAGCCCGCGAUACCUUCUGGAUCAAGCACCAGCCCUAUUCGAUCAACGACAUGCUCGCCUUCGACCCGCUAGCCGAGCAAUUCAACGGUGGCACUGUCUACCAAGCCUUCCUCAGCGCAUUGAGCUACCACCGCUGGCACAGCCCUGUCUCCGGCAAGAUUGUCAAGGCCUACGUCGUGGACGGCACGUACUACUCCGAGCCCCUGUUCGAGGGCAUCGGCGAUCCUGAUCCCAGUGAGAAGCACAAGCACGGCAUUGAUGCUUGUGGCGAGGUCACUUCGCAGGGCUUCUUGACGGCCACAGCCACCCGCGCGAUUAUGUUCAUUGAGUGUGACAACCCGGAUAUCGGCCUCAUGGCCUUCCUGGGUAUCGGUAUGUGCGAGGUCUCGACCUGCGACAUCACCGUCGCUGAGGGACAGCAUGUCAACAAGGGUGACCAGCUCGGCAUGUUCCACUUUGGUGGCUCCACGCACUGUCUGCUUUUCAGGAAGGGCGUCAAUGUUCAGGGCUUCCCUUCGGCGGACACGGAUCAAAACGUGCCCGUCAGAAGCCAGGUGGCUUACGUCGCUUGAUUCUUCCCCUUUUCUUACAGUAUAUGUUAGUGAUACGCCUGGGGCCUUGAUGGGCAAGGCUUGUACAUAAUUGCAGAUUAUUAUGAGAUAUGCUUUACGAUACAUACAAGGAAACAAAGUACAUAUCUGAGAC